AUGGAGAACAGAGUGGACCAUGAAGAAAAUGAAUGCAGUGGCUCAAGAGAAACACUCAAGUCAAAAGGAUUUAAGCAACAUGUCCCAGCUAAUUUAGCUCAGGGAAACACAACACCUCCGCAUCCACCAAGAGCUAGACCAAGACUGGUUUUCCAUACUCAAUUAGCUCAUGGUAGCCCAACUGGAAAAAUUGAGGGCUUUACUAACGUCAAGGAGGUUUACGCCAAAAUUGCAGAGGUGUUCAACAUAUCACCAACAGAGAUUUUGUUCUGCACACUGAACACACACAAGGUGGAUAUGCAGAAGCUUCUUGGUGGUCAGAUUGGUUUGGAAGAUUUUAUCUUUGCACAUGUUAGAGGGGAAACCAAAGAAGUUGAGAUCACUAAAACAGAAGAUGCCUUGGGCCUCACAAUCACUGAUAAUGGAGCUGGAUAUGCAUUCAUAAAGAGAAUUAAAGAGGGCAGCAUUACUGACCGACUUAAAACUGUGAAUGUAGGUGAUAAUAUCGAAGCAAUAAACGAUCACACUAUUGUUGGAUGUCGGCACUAUGAAGUGGCAAAGAUGUUGAGGGAACUUCCAAAAUCAGAAAGAUUUAUGCUACGUCUGGUUCAACCAAAACGAGCUUUUGAUAUGAUUGGGCAAAGAGGCAAACCCAAUAAAUGUGCCAGUGAAGGGAAAAUUUCCAAUGGGAAAGAAACUCUCCGGCUCAGAAAUAAGGGCAUGGCUACUUUGGAAGAACAGCCGACUGAUAGGGAAGAAGAAGUGACACGUAUGGUGGAUGCCUUACUGGAAAGUUACAUGGGAAUUCACGAUAUGGAGCUUGCUACAACUCUUGUGGAGACUGCCAAGGAGAAAACAACCCCUGAGGAGUUUGGCCAAGAAAUAGACAAUUUACUAGGAGAAUUUGCUUUUCCUGCUGAGUUAAUAUUAGAGGUUUGGGAAGCCAUAAACCAGGAUAUGUGA